AUGAUGUCCAACAUGAUAUCCGGCUUAGUGCCUAUGGGCACCAACCUCAUGAAGCGCGCUGUUGAGGAGCCCACCGAGCUUGUGUUUUCGAAAUGGACUCCUCUGGUUGUCUUGAUCAACUUCCUCCUCUUCGGCCCGGCUUUGGUCUGGCUCUCGUACAGUCUCGGCAACAUCUACCCCACGCUUGCCAUGAUUGAAGACCCGAGCCCUCCGGCCUAUGAGCCCGUUUCGCUCAACGAAGAUGCCACCUCGCUCGCCGAGGAAGGCCCGGCACAGUCGGCAGGCCACAACGCCGGCAAGCCCACCACGGCCUCGCUCCGCGCUACCCGCCGCCUCCUCCACUCGGUCGGUGGCUGGCGAUCCCACUUCCGCGGAAUCGCCUGUGCCAUCUUCAUCGGUUUCGCCACCCUUGUUCUCGGCGCCAUCUUCGGCAACUUCCCCAUCUUCCACUCGGCCGUCGGCUCGCUCAUCGCCUCGCUCACUCUGGCUUCCUUCAGCGCCGCCUGGGUCCACAUUGUCAUCUCCCCCCCGAACGCCCUGCCCUUCUACCGCCGCCUGCCGCCUCUCCGCAAGGCCUUUGAGGCCACCUGCUUCCCCAUUCUUGCCCACUGGGCCGCCGUCGCCACCUCGGCCGUCGUGCCCUCGCUGAUGAUCCAUGCCCUCAACAUGUCCCCCAGCAGCCGCAACCCCGAAGGCGAUGUCGUGUUCGACAACAGCGCCAUCUGGAAGAGCUUCAUUUCGCUCUUGGUGGCCGUUGCCCUGCAGUUCUUGCUUGUCGUCCCUACCGGCGUCGUGCUCGUCCGCGUCCAGGCGUCGCUGCUGCCCCCCGAUGAGGACACCAUCGUCCCCUUCGACCGCUCCUUCCAGGGCAAGGUCGACCCCGUCGUCGUCGGGGGCAAGGGCUUCGUCACGAUGCGCGACGCCUUCACCACCUUUCCCCGCUCGAGCUGGAUCCGCCUCUACGUCCUCUACGCCAAGGUCUUUGCCGUCUCCAUUGCCACCUACUUUCUGAUGGCCGCCAUUAUCAUCCCCGAGAUGUUCCUGCUCAUCUCCAAGAAACAGAACUAG